AUGGAAAGAUUUCAGUCUUCCAUGCGCAAACGGCUGUACAGCUUGCCGCAAAACAUUGGGCAAAAAGCCUUCGUGAUUGACGAAGGAGACCACGGCGACAAGGACACUAAGAGGGAAAGUAUUCGGCUAAAACAUUUGUCCUCCGCGUCUCCUGCAAGCAGUUGCAAGAGUAUUGAGGAGGCCAGGAGCGAAGACUUGGAGAGGGAGGUGACUGUGAAGACCAACUUGAAUGGGGACUGCCGCGUAUUUCGGGGCAGCAUCUCUUCCAUCACCGGGCGGCAUCCUCCCGGGUCCGAUCCCGCGGAGCAGCAGCGCCUCAUCCCCGAGGCGGGUGUCCGGGAGAGUUACCCCGGUGAGCGCAGCCUCGGGGCCCCGCAGCGAGCAACGGGUGGUCUGAGUGGCGCAGCCGGGCACAGCUCUGUGUUUGACCAGUCAAGUUUUAUUAAGUUGGAGGGCACCGAGCAAAUCAUACCUGAGGACGAGCGGCUGUACCAAGCCGGCUUCAUGCACCGGCAGUUUGGGGCGAUGCUCCAACCGGGAGUCAACAAGUUCUCCCUGCGGAUGCUGGGCAGUGAGAGGGCCGUGGAGCACGAGAGGGAGCGAGUGAAGUCCGCCGGCUUCUGGAUAAUCCAUCCGUACAGUGAUUUUAGGUUCUACUGGGAUCUGACCAUGCUGCUGCUGAUGGUGGGGAACCUCAUCAUCAUCCCUGUGGGCAUCACCUUCUUCAAGGACGAGAACACGCCGCCCUGGAUCGUUUUCAACGUGGUCUCAGACACCUUCUUCCUCAUGGACCUGGUCCUCAACUUCCGCACGGGCAUCGUCAAGGAGGACAACACGGAGAUCAUCCUGGACCCGCAUCAGAUUAAGAUUAAAUACCUAAAGACCUGGUUUGUGGUGGAUUUCAUCUCGUCCAUACCUGUGGACUACAUCUUUCUCAUCGUGGAGACACGCAUCGACUCAGACUUUUACAAGACAGCCCGAGCCCUGAGGAUUGUCCGGUUCACCAAGAUCCUCAGUCUGCUGCGGCUGCUGCGCCUCUCCAGACUCAUCCGCUACAUCCACCAGUGGGAAGAGGUUUUCCAUAUGACCUAUGACCUGGCCAGCGCCAUGGUGCGCAUCAUGAACCUGAUUGCUAUGAUGCUGCUGCUGUGUCACUGGGACGGCUGUCUGCAGUUCCUGGUUCCCAUGCUGCAGGACUUCCCUCCUGACUGCUGGGUCACUAGAAACAAGAUGGUGAAUGACACUUGGGGUCAGCAGUACUCCUACGCCCUGUUCAAGGCCAUGAGCCACAUGCUGUGCAUCGGGUACGGCCUGUACCCCCCCAUCGGCAUGGCUGACGUGUGGCUCACCAUCCUCAGCAUGAUUGUGGGCGCUACCUGCUUUGCCAUAUUUGUGGGGCAUGCAACCGCACUCAUUCAGUCUCUGGACUCCUCCAGGAGGCAGUACCAAGAAAAGUAUAAGCAGGUGGAGCAGUACAUGUCCUUCAACAAGCUCCCGGCCGACAUGCGGCAGAGGAUCCACGACUACUACGAACACCGUUAUCAGGGCAAAAUGUUUGACGAGGAAAACAUUUUGAAGGAGCUGAACGAGCCACUGCGAGAGGAGAUCAUCAACUUUAACUGUCGCAAACUGGUGGCCUCCAUGCCUCUUUUCGCAAACGCCGAUCCGAACUUUGUCACCUCCAUGCUGACCAAACUGCACUUCGAGGUCUUCCAGCCGGGAGACUACAUCAUCAGAGAGGGGACCAUCGGCAAGAAGAUGUAUUUCAUCCAGCACGGCGUCGUCAGCGUCCUGACCAAGAGCAGCAACGACACCAAGCUGUCGGAUGGCUCUUAUUUUGGAGAGAUCUGCCUGCUCACCCGAGGCAGGAGGACCGCCAGCGUGCGAGCAGAAAACUACUGCCGGCUGUACUCGCUGUCUGUGGACAACUUCAACGAGGUGCUGGAGGAGUACCCCAUGAUGAGGAGGGCCUUCGAGACCGUGGCUCUCGACCGCCUGGACCGCAUCGGGAAGAGGAACUCUGUUCUGCAGAAUAAAGUCCAGCAUCACCAAAGUUCUGGCACUUUAAACUUCCAAGAGAGCGAGAUCAUCCAAAGAAUAGUGCAACACGACCGGGACAUGGCCCAAUGCACGCAGCAGAUCCAGACCCGCCCACUGAGCCUCCACCCUCCCCCUGCUCCCCCGUCACCCAUCCCGGUCAUCUGGGCCGCACUGAUUCAGGCCCCGCUUCAGGCUGCUGCUGCCACCACCCCGCUGGCUCUGGCCUUAGCCCACCACUCCCAGCUGCCUCGCAUCCUCUUCCACCAUCCUCUGGCACCAGGCUCCCUGAAGGACCCCACCGGCCAUCCAAAGAAAUUCCAUGUUGGAGCGAACACGUCAAGUAGCUGUGGUUCAGGGCCCGGUUCUCCUGUCAGUUCCUACAUAAUCGGAUCUGGGAUUGAGACUCCCACAUUGGCGUCGCUCAGAGCACGGCAUCUCGCCGCUGGGCCCGUGUCCCCCACACUGACGUCUCAGCCCAUCUUCACCAGCAGCCUGCAGCCUCUGAGCCCUCCGCCCUCGCACCAUCUCCCAUACCACCCUCCCCACUCUGGCAUCGCCUCAGUCUUCCCCAUCAGCCAGACCACUGUCUCCUACACCUGCUCUGCUCAGCUCCACCCUCAGCCCUUCCACGGUGCUAUGACUACCCCACCACACCAGAUAGGUUUCCUCCAGCAGGGGGCGACGGGUCGGCUAGCAGUGAGAUUCCCAGCCCCCUCUGUCUCCACCAUAAUCCCUCUCAUCGCCAGCUCUGUCGGCCCGAUACUAAGCCAGCUGCAGCAGAUGGAGUCCAGUCAUGACAGAGCAGGCAGGACAUCCAGUGGUCUGAACAUCACACAUUUUCCCUUCAUCACCAGCACUCAGUCCUCCACUGGAUUUAUUCAGCCAGGGUCUGCAGUUGUAGCCGGGGCCGCAGCCUCCCUGGCGCAGCAAAGCCUUGCAGGUCUCCAGUCGGUUUUCCUCCCCAAGGUUCUGGCCGAGCACUCGGCCCUCGCCUCCCUGGCCCAGUAUGGCUCCGCCGAAGCUUCGCCCUGCUACACGCCUCCAGUCCACAGUCCGAGGAUACAGAGCCCUGUGACCGGAAGGACAGUUUACCACAGUGAGCUCCCCAGCUAUGCGGGCUCUCGCAGCCCCUUUCAGACCUCAUGCCCUGCCAGGGUGGCCUGUACCCUCAAAGAGAGGGCCGACUCCUCGGUGGAUCUCUUUACCCAGGAAAUAAAGACUAUCUCAGGCUCUUACAGCUCUUUUUUUCCGUUGGCCAUGAGCGGCUCCUCAGAAGGGGUAGCAGGGGCAACCAGCCCCUUCUCCUCCCCCAUGUCUAUAAGCAAACCCUACAGCCCAAUCCGGGGUCAAGUUGCUCCUGUCGGUCGGACACAUUCAGGGCCUGAACCUCAGAGCCAGUCCGUUGGUAUUCACUGUUCCAGGGCUAGAUCCCCUGCUGAGACCUUAGAGACCGAACACAUGCAGUCCCAACUUCCAUCUAACUUGUGAGGUUCAGACACACCCUCCUUUAAUGCCUGAACAAAAGGGAAGUCCUUAUUGACAUUGUUUUAACCACUACUUUGUCAAAUUCUAAAGUAGGAGGGUGUGUUACUUUAACCAGACUGGAGAUAUGUGGUUGAAUUUUUAAUCAGACUGAAUGGAUCGGGGAUAAUCAUGGACAAUGAUGAAUAUUUUUUCUACAGGAUAUUGCAUCUUUGAAUAUACAGUAUAUUGAUAACAUCAAAAAACCUAUUGAUGGGUAUAUAUAUAGCACGUCAUGAAAAUAUGUAUUGUUCUGUGUAUUGUAUUGAAACCACACUCUAUUAUCAAGUAUUUCGUUUGAAUUUGUUUUAAAUUGUUCUGCCAAUGUUGUGUAACCUUUUAGCGACACCCGUUUAGUUGGAAAUUUGUCCACAGCUGUAUCCAGUAAUGAUUGAAACCAAAAAGUAUUUUCCUUAUGUACUGUAUGUCCUUUCCCACCACCGAGCGUGUUGUGUGAAUGCAAAGUUACUACGAAAUUAGCAGAUAAAGAGACGGUGCACUUUGCUUGUUUCAGAGAUCACCAAACGGAAUGGUUUGAUGACGCCGUAUCUUCCAAGAUAGCUCUUUAGCAAUAUUGCACGCUCAAAUGGGGCACACAAAAACAGAUCACACAAAGAAAAAAAUGAAAAAUGAAUGUAAUGUAAUGUUUGUCUGUCUGAGUGGGAGAAGUGGAAUUCAUUUUUCAAUGUGUUGAAUUCGAGGGCGUUUACAGUGUUCUGUAGAGAACAGUAAGGUGCAACCGGUUUCAGAGACAACACAUAUUUCCGAGACGCACCACUGGUGCCAACUAACUCCAGUCUGACACUAACUUCGGUACAGAACAUUUGUUGGUGUGCCAUCAGCAUAGUAUGCAAUAAUCUGUGUUUUUUUAUGGGUGUACAAAGUACUGUGAAUAGAAGCACUUGCGUGACGUUCUGUUUUUAGUGAACAGAUUAAAUCAAGGGAAUUCAAUGGAAUAAAAGCAAUUGUGGAUAAUCAAUCAUCCUGAAACCAGCAACGCACUAAGACUGAUCUGAAUGUUUCUUGCACCAGUCAAAGGGCUCAAAACAGUUACUUGGACAUGUGGUUAACGAGAAGCCCUGAUGGGUCACAUAUUGCUGCAUAUUUACCUCUUUUAUUUAACAUUAUUUGAUUGUAAUAUUUGACAUCUGUUGUUGAUCAAUUGCUGCUUUGUGACGCUAUGCUAAAUCAAUAACACGCAUAUCACAGACUGCUUUUAUAAAACCAGACUCUUUAAUCCUUCUUCUUGUUAAUACGUUCAUGUGUUUAGAUGAAACCUUUCUCUCUCUGUGUGGACCUGUUGCCUCAGAGAACUGUGAGCAGGUCCUGUCCAGUGGCUUUAGCUGCCUGGUUAUUGAACCUGAGGUGUGCUGUGACUCUGACCCCCGAGUGAAGAGAGACACUAUGAGUCACAGCCAAUGGGCUGGAUCUAUUCCUCAUCACUGUUCUCCUUCAACCCUGCACCACCACCUGCCAGAGACAUCAGCUCUGGUUGAGUGUAAGGCUAGUUUGAGUGCAUUCAAGUUGUGUAGGAAAGGAGGUGUUACUCAUUCAUCUAUUGAUCUAUUUAUUUCUCAUUUUGCUGCCUUUCAACUAACAUCUGAGAAAUCCACCACCUAUGUAUGUUAGGCAUUUUUUAUUUUAGCUACUGAAUUCAGUGCAAUAAAAUAACAUGGUCAAUGAU